AUGCAGUAUCCGCUUUCCAAGUACGAAUAUCAAAAUUCAGUUCGAAAAUCUGAUUGAUCUAGCCAACAAUGGUAUUAUGAUCGAUCUAAACGAGCAUACACCAGUAAAAAUCACUGGCUGUCCCAUGAGCAUCCCGCUGCCAAAUACCAGCAAUAGCGUGGGUAGCGGCGGUAGCAGUACCAGCACCGGUGGUGCUAUCUGCGUUUCGGGCAACAAAUCACCAUCGUGCAGCGUAAUCUAUGCGCCACUAAAAAUUUCGAUUCCUUCCGAGCAGGCGACUAGCGGUGGAAGCGGACAGGGCCUUCUGAACGACAUUCCGCGUGGACGCUGUCGUGGUAGUCUUGUUGGUGGCGUAGGUGGAGGAAGUGGUGGCCGUGGUAGUGACAUACACGGCGGUGGUGGGGGAAGUGUCGGCAGCGGCUACCCGUCGCCGACGGGUACGAUAAGUGCUGCAAAUAGCUGCCCAACAAGUCCUAGGCAAAACGUCCACGACUUUGCCCAGUACAGUAGCAAUCAUCAUCAUCAUCAUCAUAGCAACAUUAGUCACUCCACUGGCACCAAUACCAACAACAACAAUUAUUCUGAAUUUCAAGCACCUGCUACACAAUCUUUGGAAAGUGACAAACCACCGUAUAGUUAUGCGCAGCUUAUCGUGCAAGCUAUAUCUGCAUCGCCGGAAAAACAGUUAACAUUGUCUGGAAUCUACUCGUUUAUAUCGAAAAAUUAUCCCUAUUAUCGUACCGGCGCUAACAAGGGUUGGCAAAAUUCAAUCCGUCAUAACUUAAGCCUCAAUCGUUAUUUCAUCAAAGUGCCAAGGUCGCAAGACGAACCAGGCAAAGGCAGCUUUUGGCGGAUAGAUCCAUCCAGCGAACUGAAGCUGAUCGACCAGAGCUAUCGGAAACGCCGUCAGCGAGGUUCGCAAUGUUUUCGUUCUCCAUUCGGUAUGCCAAGAUCUGCGCCGGUUUCUCCUAAUUAUACAGACAAUUCGCGUGAAGGUUCCCCAAUCAACGAAGAACUGCUGCUGUCUGCACCAGGUUCUCCCGGACAGAACAAUAGUAGCUACUCUGCGAACAAUCAUGAUGAUGAAAUUCCCGUCGUAUGCGCCGACAUCUGCGGUGACGCCUUUCACGGAAAGUGUCUCGGGGUCUCUGCGACGUGCCGCAAGGAGCUGGCCUGCAAUUCGCAGCUCAGGUGGAUCUGCCCCAUAUGUCUUGGUGCGCAUAAUGACGGUAGCGCUAAAUGUUUGAUGGCUGGGCUCAUGCGCGACCUAGUCCCGCUGUUCGGUGAGUUUAAACGUGAGAUCCUCACUGAGCUGGACCACCACCUCGCGUUGCUCACCGACCUGUCUCACUCGUCGAAUCACCGGGACCCGGACGGCGUCCGCGACAUCGUUGGUGAAGGCUUCAAAACCGCAACUAAUGCGUCGACCUUGACGGAGCCGACAAUUCGGCGUGCUACGGAGAACAGCUACGGAGGUCAUCGAGGACACUCAGCUC